AUGGCCACCGAAGAUAUUCCUUUAAUGAAUUUGGGACAUACUGCUUCGUCGCCCCAGGGGCCAUCUCAUCAUGGUGGUGAAUCGUCGCAGCCGUUGAUGGCCAGCUCGGCGACACGUGCUUCUGACCGUGCGCGUCGCAUCUCCACGGAGACGCCUGACAUGCGCGGCUAUUCUUUCCCGACCAAUUCCAUUUCUAAUGCAAAGUAUAACGCGUUCACUUUUCUGCCGAUGAUUCUCAUAGAGCAGUUCAAGUUCUUUUUCAAUCUGUACUUUUUGUUAGUGGCGCUAUCGCAAAUAUGGCAGCCGCUACGUAUUGGUUAUUUGAGUUCGUACAUUGUUCCGCUUGCGUUUGUUCUUUUCGUCACAAUGAGCAAAGAAGCGUGGGAUGAUUGGCAGCGCCGCCGUAGAGAUGCCCAGGCUAACUCGGAACGAUACCAAUUGGUCAAUGGAUCAAGCAUUAAGGCCCAAGACUUGCGUGUAGGUCAGAUUAUUCAAUUGCACACAAACCAGCGCGUUCCAGCUGACCUGGUAGUUCUGAAAUCUAGCGAGCACAAUGGCGAAACGUUCAUUCGAACAGAUCAACUCGAUGGCGAAACUGACUGGAAAUUGCGGACCGCCUGCUCUCUCACUCAGAAUAUGCCUUUGGUAUCAAGCCAUGACAUUGAGCUGGAAAUCUCUCCUCCAGAAAAAUCUAUUUCAACAUUCUGGGGUACCAUCGACGUGGGCGAAUCGGGUCACAGUGUGCCCCUCAGUAUUGAUAACACAAUGUGGGCAAAUACCGUUGUUGCUGCUGGCAGUAUAGAAGGUAUUAUUGUUUACACGGGUAAAGAUACUCGAAUGGCUAUGAAUACUAGCAAGUCUCGAAAUAAGGUUGGCUUGCUUGAGCUGGAGGUCAAUUCUAUCUCAAAAAUUCUCUGCUUUUGUGUCUUCCUACUAUCAUUUGUCUUAGUUGCCGGCCAUGGCUUUGGGCCAAAGUGGUAUAUCGAUAUAUUCCGCUACCUUAUUCUUUUUUCCACAAUUAUCCCCGUGAGUCUGCGAGUAAACUUGGAUAUGGCAAAGACGGUUUAUGCAUAUCAAAUCGAGAACGACAAAAAUAUCCCCGAGACAAUUGUGCGUACUUCAACUAUUCCUGAAGAUCUUGGUCGCAUUGAUUAUUUAUUGACCGACAAAACAGGGACUAUCACACAAAAUGAUAUGGACCUGCGAAAAAUACACAUUGGUCAAAUGUCUUAUUAUGGUGACUCUAUGGAAGAGGUGGAGAGCUUUAUUUCAUCGUGGAACCCCCGGGGUACUACUUAUCCCGGUGCAAGCCGUGGACAGCGUGAAGUCUCCAAACGUGUUUGUGAUAUCGUGACUUGUUUAGCGAUCUGUCAUUCAGUAACCCCUACUGAUGAGGGCGGAUACCAAGCCGUUUCUCCGGAUGAGAUCGCCAUUGUCAAGUGGAACAGCGAGAUGGGACUAGAGCUUGUCAAGCGGGAUCGCAAAACCCUUUCUAUUUUCCAUCGUGCAUCAGGUCAUCACUUGAACUACGAGAUUCUGUAUCUAUUCCCGUUCAAUUCCGAUUCGAAACGAAUGGGUAUUGUAGUUCGCGACUCGGCUACCAAAGAUAUUUGGUUUUAUCUGAAGGGUGCCGAUACCGUGAUGGCUCCUUUGGUUGAACAUAACGACUGGCUCGAAGAAGAAAUUGGCAACAUGGCUCGCGAAGGUCUGCGAACACUGGUUAUUGGCCGUCGCAAACUUGAGGAACAGGAGUUUGACAGUUUUGCCAAAGCAUAUGGCGAAGCGUCUCUGCUCAUGAGCAACCGUGAUGCUGAGGUUGCCAACGUUGUUUCUAAAUACCUUGAGCAUGAUAUCGAGCUACUGGGUAUCACCGGAGUAGAAGACAAGCUACAGCACGAUAUCAAACCCUCUCUUGAGCUUUUGAGAAAUGCUGGGAUCAAGAUUUGGAUGCUUACUGGUGAUAAGGUUGAAACAGCCCAAUGCGUAGCUAUUUCAUCCCGUCUAGUUGCCCGUGGACAAUAUAUCCACGUUGUAACUAAGCUUGAUUCUAUCCAUGCAGCACAUCAGCAUUUAGAUUAUCUUUCACAAGUCCCCGAUGCUUGCUUGUUGAUGGACGGUCAGUCGUUACAGUUUUUCCAGGACAACUUGCCUGAAUUUGCUCAAUGUGUUUUGCAACUGCCUGUUGUAAUUGCUUGUCGAUGCACACCCCAGCAGAAGGCUGACCUUACCAAAAUGGUUAAGAGAUCUACGGGGAAAAGAACCUGCGCCAUUGGUGACGGUGGAAACGACGUGUCGAUGAUUCAAGCAGCUGAUGUCGGAGUGGGUAUAGUAGGCAAAGAAGGUCACCAGGCCUCUCUGGCAGCGGAUUUUUCUGUAACCCAAUUUUGCCAUCUCACUAAACUGCUUCUUUGGCAUGGGCGCAACUCUUACAAGCGCAGUGCCAAGCUUGCGCAAUUUGUUAUCCAUCGUGGUCUGAUUAUUUCAGUUUGCCAAGCGGUUUACUCAAUCUCGUCAAAUUUCGAACCGCUGGCUUUGUAUACCGGUUGGCUUAUGGUUGCGUAUGCGACAGUUUACACAAUGAUGCCUGUCUUCUCGCUGGUGACUGACCACGACGUUGAUGAGCAUUUGGCUAGAAUGUACCCUGAGCUCUACAAAGAGUUGAAGGAUGGCCGGGCUCUGUCUUGGAAGUCAUACUUUAUUUGGGUUCUUGUGUCAGUUUAUCAAGGUUCAAUGAUCCAGGGCCUCAGCCAGAUCUUUGUUGGCCUCAGCCAGCAGCUUUUCAAAAAAAUGGUUAUGGUCGGUUUUACUGCUCUUAUUUGGACAGAACUUGCUAUGGUUGCGCUAGAGGUCGUGACCUGGAACAAGACGAUGAUUUUGUGCGAGGUCGUGACUUUGGGCUUUUACAUGGGUAGCAUACCGUUCCUUGGCAACUAUUUCGACCUAGCGUAUGCUCGCAAUCCAAUGGCUUACGGCAAAGCCGCCUUGAUUCUUGGGAUUGUUAUCGUUCCCAUUUGGGUAGCCAGAGUCAUCGAAAGACGCCUGAAACCUCCAAGCUACGCUAAGGUGCAGGUCUAA